AUGGCCCUCCUGGUACACCUGCUGGUCUGCACCUUCGGGAUGGGCUCCUGGGUAGCCAUCAACGGGCUGUGGGUAGAGCUGCCCCUGCUGGUGACAGAGCUGCCCGAGGGGUGGUACCUUCCCUCCUACCUCACGGUGGUCAUCCAGCUGGCCAACAUCGGCCCCCUCCUGGUCACCCUGCUCCAUCACUUCCAGCCCAGCUGCCUUUCCGAAGUGCCCAUCAUCUUCACCGUGCUGGCUGUGGGCACCCUGGCCUGCACCCUCUUCGCCUUCCUCUGGAAUGUCACCUCCUGGGUGUUGGACGGCCACCACAGCAUUGCCUUCAUGGUCCUCACCUUCUUCCUGGCCCUGGUGGACUGCACCUCUUCGGUCACCUUCCUGCCUUUCAUGAGCCGGCUGCCCACCCGCUACCUCACCACCUUCUUUGUGGGUGAAGGACUCAGCGGCCUCCUGCCUGCCCUGGUGGCUCUUGCCCAGGGCUCGGGUCUCGCCACCUGUGUCAAUGUCACUCAGCCAUCAGACACCACCCCAAGCACUGAGACCACCAGGAAGACUGUCUUCCUACAGGGAGCUAACAGCACUUUGGUGUCUGACCUGCCUGGGACGACACGUUCCACCGUCCAUCUGGAAAGCCGCUACCUCCCGGCCAACUUCUCGCCCUUGGUCUUCUUCCUCCUGCUCUCCUUCAUGAUGGCCUGCUGCCUGGUUGCUUUCUUUCUCCUCCAGCGUCAGCCCAGACCCAGGGAAUCUUCCAUAGAAGACCUCCUCACCUCCCAGGUCACCCUCCACUCCAUCCGGCCACGGGAAGGGGAGGACCUGGGCCCCCCAGACCCAGGGGCUAGCAGCAAGGCCCAGGGGCAUCCAGAGGAGAAAACAGCCUCCGACCGCCCAGCCCACCUGGCCUUCAUCUACAUCCUGGUGGCCUUCGUGAACGCGCUCACCAACGGCGUGCUGCCCUCCGUGCAGACCUACUCCUGCCUCUCCUACGGGCCUGUUGCUUACCACCUGUCCACCACCCUCAGCUCCAUGGCCAACCCUCUCGCCUGCUUCCUCUCCAUGUUUCUGUCGCACAGGUCUCUGCCAAUUCUGGGGGUCCUCACGGUGCUCGGGACUGGCUUCGGGGCCUACAACAUGGCCAUGGCCGUGAUGAGCCCUUGCCCCCUCAUGCAGGGCCACUGGGCUGGAGAAAUCCUCAUUGUGGCCUCGUGGGUGCUGUUCAUUGGCUGUCUGAGCUACGUCAAGGUGAUGCUGGGCGUGAUCCUGCGCGACCGCAGCCGCAGCGCCCUCCUGUGGUGCGGCGCGGCGGUGCAGCUGGGCUCCCUGCUCGGAGCUCUGCUCAUGUUCCCACUGGUCAACGUGCUGAGGCUCUUCUCAUCGGCCGACUUCUGCAACCUGCGGUGCUCCGCCUAGGACACCUGGCGCGGUCCAGGACAGCGCCCUGAGCCGCCCCCGUUACUA